AGGCUCAUCGUGAUAAACGUUGCUGCGUUCUGCGAUGUUAAAGUAAAACCCUAACCCCACACAAAACUGCGGCUUGGCUUUGGGACCUGUGCUUGAGCUUAGGCUUUCCGCCACUAACCACGACGACGACAACGACGACGACGUACUCAUGCCAUAUGUACCGGUAUCUUGACCUAUAACAACUGCUGCAGACAGUAGCUUGGAUUGCCUUUCAAAGAUUCUCGGUUGUAUUACGGCCUAUUGUCUAAUACGUAAGUAGCCUUCGCUACUCUCCGAUUCCAAUUCUCCUCAAUCACGCAUAUGCUUACAAUUUUUGGACCGUGACUCGAUCUUCUUUAUUUACUUCACGACGAUACAGGCAAGUCCAUUGUCCAAAGUGUAACGCUUCCUAAAGGCUCUCAUGCCCGGUGUCACUGUUCUGCCGCACUCUCCAGGAUUCGGACAUCACUCUCCUAGUGAGUAUGUCGCCUCGCAUUUGAAAACUCCGGGGAAUAGAAUCCACGUUUCAGAGAUGCAAAAUGGACAUUCGAUACCCCCUCGCGCCACUGUAUCUGAUAUCAAAACGGCGGCAAGGGAGCAAGCACUCAAAGCGGGUCGGGGUGCUUCCCCCACAAAUCUUCUCAAAUCAGCAAAAGACCAGAUUGCAAGAGCACAAAUCGCGGAGAAUGAGGGCGAUCUUAAAGAAUCCCUGAGUUCCUUGACGAAGGCUGCGGCACUGGUCAGUAUAUUCAUGGAUUCGAGCGAGUUCAAGCAGGAGAUGUCUGGCAAGAAGGGUGUUCUUACGCGGGAGCUCUUGCACUUUCAGGAGCACGAAGGGAUGGGCCUGCGUGUUCGGACGUUACAGCUGGAAGAGAAGCUAGGUAUGAUCGAAACCGAAGCCUCUCAACGUCCAGAGAUCGAGAGCCCUGUGGGGAGUGCCAGCAUUGCAGAACGAAUGCUCAAGCUGCAAAGUGCCGGUCUUUCUGUGGAACCAGCAGGGCCAGCUUCAAAGCGAAUCUCGAGAGACUUACAUACCAUUCCCCCGAUAUCUCCUGAUACUUAUGUUCCUGCACCCAACCGAAUGUCUCUGCAAGGCCUGCCGUCUCCACUGCCAACCUCGUCUUCCCUCGCGUCACCCGUCACUACAAGCUCGAAACUACCUUCUCCACAUACCCUCAUUCCGGCUUCGAGCUUCGGGCCGCCUUCACCAUCCUCUUCUACUGCGUCCUCACCACUCGACCUCACUGACUUUCAGCAAGCAUUCCCAUCUAUAGAUGAACUUGACGAGCGCGUCGCAGUGCCUUCAUCCUCAUAUACGCCGCCGCCGCAUGAGCCUUCACCACUCCACGCGCCAACACCGUCAUUCCCGUCACCUGCACCUGCGUUUCCGAUACCAAGACCUGCCUUUCCCGUGUUACCCCUCGACCAUGCGCCUCGACCUUCAAGCACACCUAUUCCUCCUACCAUUGAUACCUUUGUCAGUCGUCCUGCAUCUCCUGCAGGCCCAGGACGAUCUCCGCUCUCACCCUCUGUUCCCCGCAAACCUUCUGGCCUGGGGUUAAACCAUAAGGCAUCGAGGUCACCACUCAUACCCAGCGGAAGUCUUACACCAAGUUCGGAGAAGCGGGAGUUGCCGUUCACGACGUUAUUCCCGAGGAUCUUACAUGAGUACAAGCAGAAGCCGGGUUUCAAAGUGCUGUUGCUGGAUAUCCGGACGCGUGACGAGUUUGAACGCGAACACAUCAAGGCUGAUGCCGUUGUUUGCAUCGAACCAUCUAUCCUCCUUCGUGAUGGCGUUUCCGCGGAGAGCAUCGAGAACGCUCUGGUCAUUGGGCCGAGGAACGAGUCCACGCUGUUCAGCAACCGUGACAAAUUCGAUUUGGUGGCCAUAUACGACGAAGAAUCUGAGAACCCCAGUGCUUCGCCAGCCAUUACAGCAUUACAACGCGCUAUUUACGAGAACGCCUUCAAGAAGAUACUACGCAACAUUCCCAUGCUCCUCGUAGGAGGUCUGAAGGCCUGGAAAGCCGAGUUUGGCUCCGAUGAGCUGGUUAGAACAGGUCUGGAACUGACGACAGCAGGACCUUCCACCGCGGUCUCGCCUCCCGUCUCUUCUCCGAAGAUCGACGGUCUUGGCAUCACUGGAAUGAAUGGCAACCUCGUAAGCGCAUCUGCAUCGAUAUCCAGUCUCAAUGGUGCUGCAGGGGGCAACUGGACGCGAGGACCAGUUUCAAUAGCACAACAUGCGCGAACACCUGCCGAAUCUGCUACAUCCCCUGUGCCCCCUUCGUCUUUCCCUGAAGCAGUUAGCAUGGGACGCAGUAGGUCUGGAACAGAGAGCGCUACCGAUUCUGGGUACAAACUGUGGCUUCCAGGUGCCCCACCACCUCGGCCAAGGCGAUCUCCGAAUGGAGAUAGCAAGGAAAACUUACCUGUCUCUCCGCCACCACAGGAUCCAUCAAAGCGGCUCUCCAGGAAACCGGCGAUUUCCCGGCCCACUUCUAAUUCCGUUCCAGCAUAUACACCUUCAAUACCCGAAUUUAACACUACCCAUCAUGUAUCCGCCUCUUUAUCUCACGGCGCGACGCCAAUUCAAUACCCUCAAUUCUCCACACGAACGAUAUCCCCUCAAGUUUCGGGUUCCAAUUUCAACGUAUCUUCGUCUAGCGUAAACGGACUUGUUUCUUUACCUCCUCAAGCAUCUAUCAAUCCUUCACCUCUGUCCCGUAGGCGGUCUGAUUAUGUUGAUCAAUCGCAGGAAGCUCUAUCUGGGAUCACUAACAGACCGGCGAUUGACUACCCUGCAUUAUCCGUACAGCAUAUCCUUCGUCUCCCACCUGCGGCGGCGUCCUCGAGUAUGGAGAGGCAAGAUAAUCGACCACGGGUUUUGCAGCAUCAGACAGGGCCGAAGCCGCCUACUAUCGCGUCUGAUUACCCAGUUACUUACUGGGCUGAUGUUCAGAUUGGGACGUCGGGUCUGAGAAACCUGGGGAAUACUUGCUAUAUGAACUCAACGAUUCAGUGCUUGAGCGCUACUGUUCCGUUUGCCCGGUUCUUCACAGAUGGUCGAUGGAAGAGCGCUGUCAAUAUGGUGAAUCCUAUGGGCACGAAAGGCAACCUGGCCAAUGCAUUUGCCAGUAUAUUACGAGAUAUGUGGCAGGGUGAGAUGCAGGCUCUGUCACCUGUCACCUUCCGACGGUCGAUCUGCACUUAUGCCUCACAUUUCUCCGGCACGGAGCAACAUGACUGUCAGGAGUUCCUUCAGUUCCUUCUUGAUGGCUUGCAUGAAGACCUGAACCGAGUAUUGAAUAAGCCAAUCAUCAAUACUACGCCAGAACGGGAAGGAGAACUGGAGCGGCUGCCGACGCCGAUUGCGAGCGAACAAGAAUGGCAGCUGUAUCGUAUGCGAAAUGACAGUCUCGUUGUGGAUUUGUUCCAGGGACAAUUCCGCAAUCGACUGGAAUGCUUGACCUGUCAUAAGACAUCCACAACUUACAACUCAUUCAUGUAUCUGACACUCCCAAUACCCUCGACUCGUGGUUCAUCUAGAGCCUCGCUACAUCAAUGCUUAGAUGCUUUCGUCCGGGAGGAAGUUAUGGAGAAGUCUGAUGCUUGGCAUUGUCCCAACUGCAAAACGCUUCGGAAGGCGACGAAGCGGCUCUCGUUAUCACGUUUACCUCCAGUGCUGCUUGUCCAUCUCAAGCGGUUCUCACACAAGGGACAUUUCACGGACAAGAUCGAGACUUUCGUCGACUUCCCUAUGAAGGGCCUAGAUCUGACGAAUUACAUGCCCUCACCGCUACCUCCCGGCGUUAGUCCAGCGCAACCGUUGUCGCCAGACGACCCGCGAGCGCAAAUACCACCAUACAGAUAUGAUUUAUAUGCCGUUACCAAUCAUUUUGGAACUCUUAGCAGUGGACAUUAUACCGCUUUCAUUUCUUCUCGGGGUGGAUGGUUGUAUUGUGAUGAUAGUCGGAUUUCUUCUGCGGAUCCUAAGGACGUUGUAGGAAAGCCGGCUUACGUUUUGUACUACAAGAGGACCAAAUUCUAAGUUACACUUCACACUAUUGUUGUUUCCACCAUCGCAUUCAUUCUUUUCUUCUCUUUCGCCCGGUUGUUGUUGCUUUCGCCCGUAUUUCCUUUUUGCCAUCUUUAUGCAUUGACUAUCCCCUUCCCAUAUAACAUAGUACAUGUAAUCCUAUUGCCCAAAGGAACCCAACAUUGAACCAAUGCCGCAUAGCACAUAGGUGUAGGCGUACGAGAGACGGACAAUUAUGAAGGUUCAAUGCCGUCCAUACCAUCCAUACCAUUUAUACCAUUCAGCCCGUUACCCCCGUUGACACUUUCCUGGUGAUUCUCAAUUUGCUUCAUAUGACAAUUAUGACACUCCCAUGCCUCGCCGAAUUCAUCUCCGACCAUGAACUCUUUCACAGUGAAGGAGUAGAAACAUGGCGAAUACUCGGUGCCACAACUCCAACAGUGCAUUUCGGAGCUUGCUAGUGUGCUCUCGGAGUCGAUGGAGUCCUCUGUUUGGAUGAUUUGAUCGAGUCGACGGGCUUUACGGAGGAGACCGUGUAUGUUGGCGGUAGGAGCUUGCUUGUAGUUCUUGCAGUAUACUUGAACAGCAGUCUGAAUAAGAUGUCAGGCGUCAGAGAAAAGCAACGUCGAAGGCUUUCGACUUACCUCUCCAAGUUC